GAAGCUAAAAUCCCCGAGCAAAAACAUCGCUUACCGUCCAAAAUCAAUGUCAGAAGAAACACGCAGCACCCGUAUUUGUGUAUUACGGUUUAAAACCUAAAUCGUCUAGAAAAACUGUGUGACGCUGACGUACUUUAGACUGAUCUACGCCCACGACUGCUACGUGACAUGCUGCUCUCCAGCCGGUGUGCCUUGAACGAAAAAGUUUAAAUUAAAAAAGGAAACAGUCAUUGGAUAUCCUGGAUAAAGACGGUUUAAACUGAGCCCUGAGUUAUAAUUCGACCUCGGUUAUGGGCAACACUUUGUCGAGCAUACCGACAUUGCAAAGAAGGCGUCAUCACCACCGAUUUGGAACUUUUCCAAAUUUUAAAACAGGUACUCUGGGCGGUCCGUUUCCCGUCCCCUCCCACCGAUGCCGCCACAAGCCCAAGCGCUGCCUCUCCUCCGGCCCCGCCCUCCCGGCCAGCCCCCUGCUCUUCCACCCCAGCGCCAAGGGCUCCCAGAUCGUCAUGGACCUGUCCCAGAGGGCCGUGAAGAGGCAGGCCAGCUUCUGCAAUGCCAUCACCUUCAGCAACCGGCCCGUGGCAGUGCACGAGCAGGUCAAGCUCAAGAUCACCAAGAAGCAGCCCUGCUGGAGUGGAGCCCUGCGCCUGGGCUUCACCUCCAAGGACCCGUCCCGCAUCCACCCGGACAGCCUGCCCAAAUACGCCUGCCCCGACCUGGUGUCCCAGACCGGCUUCUGGGGCAAGGCCCUGCCCGAGGAGUUCGCCAGCGAGGGGAACGUCGUCGCAUUCUGGGUGGACAAGAAGGGGCGGGUCUUCUACCGCGUCAACGGCUCGGCGGCCAUGCUGUUCUUCAGCGGCGUCCACACCGCCGGGCCCCUGUGGGCCAUGAUCGACGUCUACGGCCUGACUCGGGGUGUGCUUCUGCUCGGAAGUGAGGUAAUGCAGCCGAGCUGUCUGAGGCCACGCCCCUUCGGCACGGUGCGCAUGUCCUCCCUGCGCAGAGAGAGGGACGAGUCGCGCCUCUCCAUCAGCCUGUGCGACCUGAGCGCGGAGGAGGAGGAGGAGCGCCUGCGCCCGGCCCCUUCGUCCUGCCCCGUCCCGCAGAACUCCCUGAACUCGCAGCGCUGCUCCCUGCUCCCCCCGCGCCUGGACGGCGACCUGCGCUUCCACCCGCUCCACGGGGCCCACGUCGUCCCCGUGGACCCGCGGACGGUGGCGCGCUCCCCCGAGCGCGGGCGCGAGGACCGGACCCUGGCCUUCACCGAGCGCCCGCUCUGCGCCGCCGAGUCCGUCUUCGUCAAGGUGACCGUCGGCCCCGGCCCCGCCCGCCCCGGCUCCCUCUCCUACGGGGUCACGACCUGCGACCCCGGCGACCUGCGGCCCGGCGACCUGCCCUGCAGCCCUGAGUCCCUGGUGGACCGCAAGGAAUUCUGGGCCGUCUGCCGCGUGCCGGUGGCCCUCCACAGCGGGGACGUCCUGGGGUUCACGGUGAACGCGGAGGGGGAGGUCGCUCUCAGCCACAACGGGAGGAACGCCGGCAUGCAGGUCUGCGUGGACAACUCCCGCCCUCUGUGGAUGUUCUUCGGUCUCCAUGGCGCCGUCACGCAGCUGAGGAUUCUGGGUUCGGCUCAGCUGGGCGACCCGCGGGGCCCGUCCGGACCCGGCACCCCCAGCUCCACCCCCGGGACCCCCACGGGAACCUGCAGGGGGAGCGGUGCCUUUGACCCCGCCCUCAGCGGAAGCUGUCCUGGAGCUUUGUGCGGCUCGGCCGACGGGCUGACUCCCAGCUCACCCACCGGCCUCCCCGAGUCCUCCACCUUCCCAUCAGCCCCGGGGUCCUGGAGUGACGAGUGCACCAUCUGCUACGAGAACGCGGUGGACGCGGUGAUCUACUCCUGCGGUCACAUGUGCCUGUGCUACACCUGCGGGCUCAAACUGAAGGGGAUGCCCCGCCCCUGCUGCCCCAUUUGCCGGAGGGCUGUCAAAGACAUCAUAAAGACCUACCGCAGCUCUUAGGCGCCCAAUCAGGGCCCGGGCUCUAAGUCCGGGGCACGCUGCUCAGCCGUUUAUGGUGCCUGCAAGGUCACGCAGAGGUCACGACGGGCCCAUCUAGGCCUGUGACGCGUCUCGCUGACCCGGUUGUCCAGGAGUUUACGCCAAAACACUCACGCUCUACCUGGAGUGGAACUACAUAUUAUUCCCCACCGAGGAUUCAGAAACUGAGGAUUCAGGGGAUUCAGAAACUGAGGAUUCAGGGGAUUCAGAAACUGAGGAUUCAGGGGAUUCAGAAACUGAGGAUUCAGAGGAUUCAGAAACUGAGGAUUCAGAGGAUUCAGAAACUUAGGACAUGUGUCUGAGGGCAGGACUGACGGGUGGAUCCUCAGCCUGUCUGGGAGGGGGCUGGAAAGUAAAGCGGACCUCACUUUUUAUGGGUCGAUCUUCCGGUUUGUGUCGUGCUAGUGACUCUGGGUGCAGGCGAUGUGAUCGUACGUUUUCUCCCUUGUAGUUCUGUUUUUCUCCAAAGCUGCUCUAAUGCAGUGGGUUAUGGCCUUACACAGAUUGUAAUUAAAUGUUUAUAUUUUUAUUUAUUUUAUUUUUUUCCCCAGAACCACUUGGCCAUUGCUUUCCAGGCUGUACGGCUUUACCUCUGCCAUUGUGUGUGAUUGUGUCCAACGCUAGGACCAGAUAACAGGGACCUAAACAUGGACUCCACAGAAAAACAACACUAUUAGUAAAUUCAAUUACUGGCAUCCGCACCAUGGAGCAAAGGUCUGUGUAGACCUGUAGUCAAAGAUCAACUUACAGUAUGAAAUAAAAAGCUUACUUUUUAUGUUAUAUAGUGUUGAAAUUAUGUUAAUUACUAUUCUCGUACAUGACAAAUAUGUUCAGAUCUGCAUGAGCAGAAUGUGCAGUGAAUUUGUUCCCUCAGUGGGACAUUUCUGUUGCACCCCAGAUCUUCGGUCAGUUCAUUUCAGUUCAGUCAAUUCAGCAAAUUAAUUGAAAAUUUCUGUAGAACAUUCUGCGCCUUUUUCAGUUUGAUUGCUGAAUGAACUGAACUGAAAUGGUAUUGACCCCACCUGUGUUACACACACAUUCUUAUUCUGUCAGUCAUGACUGAGUGUGAGGACACACACACACAUGCAAACACACACAUACACACACAGACACACACACUUAUACACAUACACACACUCAUGAAAACACACACACAUGCACACAGACACACACACUUACAUACACACACUCAUGCAAACACCCACAUACACACACACACACACACACACACAGGAAGCCUCAGCAGUGACAGAAAAAAAUGUAUGGAAACAUCUGGAAAUAGGGGUCUAUGAGCACCUAUGUACAAGUCACCGACACUGAUACCAAUACCUUAUCAGCUCUAAGAAUGGCAAGCCGUUAAAAUGAGGAUUAGAUUUGUGUACCAGUAGCAAUGCAAUGAAGGGAAGUGUUUUAAGAGUCCUGUGAGGUUUGGGCUAAUUCCAAUUUCCAAUUUCAAUUCAGGAAAUUAAGAGAAAUCCAGUUGAUGAAGUGAAAAAUGGCCGUUAAUGUUCUGCAAGGUUUUUUUUCAACUUAUGAACUAAAUUGACUGAGUUGAGAUGGAAUUGACCAAAACAGAGUACCUCUGGCCCUUUUUUAAUUUAUUUAUUUUUUUAUUCUGGAUAAAACGCGUGCACGCUAACAUUGUAGAGAGGGGUCAGCAGUCACAAAACCACGCAAUAAUUUACCCUGUUUUCUGAAAGCGGUGCAGCACCGGGACAUCACCGAUGCUGGCGCUGAGGGGCUGUGCCGUCGCCGCGCCGUCGCUGCGACAGUCGCCGCGCCGACAGAACGCAGACCCGACCUGUGACGUCAUCGGACUCGCCCGAUACAUAGUCCAGAGACGGCAACGUGCCGCUCCUUCGGUUUAAAUUAAAUGCUGUUCUCGAGAUUUCGACAUUGCAGUCUUUCGUGUGGGAAGCCACGUCUCCUGUGGCACCGAAGCUGAGGUAGACUGCCUCCGGGUCAGUAUUGUGCCGUCUGAUUCACGCUCUUUCGAAUAAGUGCAUUAGCGAUCGCUCUUAAAAUGGAGAAGGGAUUAUCUCUUUCGCACAUUUCCACUCAGCCUCUCCACAUCUCUGGGGUGGUGUACCCAUCCGCUGAGGGCGGCGAACUCUUAAAUUUGGCGUGCGUUAAAACCAAAUAAUGCCAGAGUCUAAUGUAAGAUGAGCAAUACCUUCACAGCACAAAUGAUCGGUUUUACUGGUGUAUUUGGGGUAAGGAUAUUUAAACAAGCUGUCAGUGUACAUAUGGGUGUGUAGUUUACAUAAACUAGAAUUGACAAUUCAGUUUAUACUGAAUGUGGCUACAGUUAAUUGAAUCUGGAAAAGGAAGCAUUCUUUUGUAUCAAUGAGAAAAGGAGGAAUCAUUUUUUAGCUCAUUCAUAAAAAGGUACAUGAAGUUACACUUCGAUAAUAAGCAUUGUAAUCCAUGAUCUGAAAAUAAGAAUAAGAAUCAUUUAAGAAUUAUUUUUAGCUAUUUAUUUAGCUAAUAUAUAUUUAUUAGCUAUAUAUUUUUGACAAUAAAGCACAAUUUUAAUUGUGGUUGUGCUUUUUUUCAACUCUGAUUGGUAUCAAUGGUGUUGAUAUUGUUAAAUUAUCAUUUUAUUGAGAGGUAAAAGCCAUUUUAUAUCCUUCAAACCUAAAUACAGUGAGAACCAAAGGUCUGAGGUCCACCAAGUCCUGUUUUUUUCCAUUAUUUGUCAAGGAAUAAUGUAAUUAUGAUACUCCAGUUACACUUCUCAUACAUUUUUUAGAACAAGCAGAGCUUAUUAGGCUGGCUAGACAGGCACCAGAUCUGUUUACUUAUGUUUUUAUAGCAUUGUCUUUCUGUCAUGUGCAGCACAUUGGGCUACAGCCACUGUAUGAAAUGUGCUAUACAAAUAAAGAUUGAUUGAUUGAUUGAACCCAGUCGAACAUCUGGAGGAGCAGCUGAAGAGGGGAAAACCCAAACAUCAGCAGAUCAUCUAUGGGAAGUAGUGCUGGGGUGAAAUGGAAGAUGAGGUGGGAAGUGUUGAGAAAGUGCUGGGGUGAAAUGGAAGAUGGGGUGGGAAGUGUUGAGAAAGUGCUGGGAUGAAAUGGAAGAUGAGGUGCUGCAUAAGAUGGUGGAAUCAAUGCCAAGCAGAGUUACAGCAGUAAUCAAGGCGGAAGGUGGACACACCAAGUACUAACAAUCUACCUUCAGUAAAUACCUACACACGUAUUAUGAAAUAAUAUUAUGAAAAUAAUACAUUCUUGAAAAAGAAUUGCAAACAGAGUGUCAUGAUUGUAUUGGCCCUGGACAAAUAAUGAAAAUAAUCGGUUCUCGGUAGUGUGCUCUGAGUUUUGGUUCCCACUGUAUAUAGUCCAUUAAAUUGCGGUGACAAUCGAAAAUUGAAGAACAGAUCUUGAAAGCUGUAUUUACCUGACACCUCUUGGGUGUCAUAUAUCUUCUGAAUCUUCAGGUGUGCAGCUUAGUCAAACAUGUCUGUGAACAUGCCUAUACCUUUGUACCUGUGUGGUACUCCAUGUGAAGGUACCAGAAAUGAAAGUUUCUAAUGUUUGCGAGUGUAACCUGAGAUUUACCACUGCUGCUUGUAGAAUCAUCUCAGAUUAAGACUUUUUGGUGCCUCAAAGCGUGUAACGGAAUCUGUUCAUAAUUACACUCCUGAGAAGACCUUACUGAAGAGGGUGAAACAGCUUCAUGCCAUUUAAAAUAAAAUAGGUUUAGGAUUUAUUUUACGCUGCUAAGCAUGUACUAUGUUCCAGUGCCGAUGCAUGCAUUUUCACCAACACACAUGUACACAUAGAAAUGUGAUGUGUUUCAAAUCGCUAAUUACUAACAGAAUGUGGUACUUUCAGAAAAGUGUUUUGUAAUUAAUGCAGUAUAGUUUCCCAACAAAAUUGUGCCUCUGUCCUGUUAAAGAUUGCUCGUUAUUUUUUAAAAAUGUUUUCUUAAUCUACUCAGUAGUUAUCCUCUCUACCUAUUUUAAGUAAUUUUUCCGCAUAAUGAAAUCAAUGUUAACCUUUUUUAUGCUGGCAAACCUGCAAACAUGUUUGGUUCUGAACACAGUGCAAAUAUAUAUAUAUAUAUAUAUAUAUAUAUAUAUAUAUAUAUAUAUAUAUAUAUAUAAUUCUGUACAAUGUUAUGAUUAUUUAUUGUUUUUAUGUAUCACUGUACAGUAUUUAUCAGUUUCAAAUGUCACAGUGUAAUGGGUGAAUAUAAUUGGGGUUUCAGGAGAGACAGAGCUUGGUAGAAGAUGAAGAAAAAGGUUCACAUUUGUCAGGUUGUCCUGAAGUAAUAUUUUGAGUUUAUCCAUUAUCAUUGUUAAUUUCUUUUUCAAUCCUGUAAACAUUUUGGAGCAUUUGUAGAUUACAGUCAGUCCUCAAUCGUUUAACAGUGGGACCAACACUGCACUAGGAUCAAGCCAGUGGCAGUUUAUACUGUAUUUACAAACCAAAAUUCACCAAACUCAGCUGGGUCUGCUGCGACUCCAUCGUGCUAUGAAUUUACGCCGAUACUCGUAUUUCUCCGUGUGACUCAGCCUUUGUUUAUUAAAAAAAACAGCUUUGACCGAAGUGCUUGUAAAUCCUGUUUUCUGGUUGACUGAGAUAAAUGUGUCUGUCAAUAAAAGGAGAGGGUUGUGUUUCAGCCAUGCUUCACUUAACACGA